UUUAUAUUAUUUAAUAUGUUAAUCAAAUGAAAAUAUUUUCUAUACAAAGUUCUGAGAAUAAAAAAAAAUUGCGAAUUCGUUUCUUGUUUUUAAGUAUUUAUUGCUUACUCGUAUGAGAAUGGUCUGCAUUUCUAUGUAUGUGUUGUGCCAGUGUGUAAUGUAAUUAAUAUUUUCUUCACGUUUUCGCGUUUGGAUCAAGCUUCAAGCAUCAGCCAACAAACCAGAGAACCAGCAGUGGCAGGGUCGAAAAAUUUAUUCAUUUCAUUGUUUUGGAUUUAAACGUUAAAUUUUUUAUUUGUGGAUAUUAUUGAUAUGUUAAGCUAAAAGAAAAUGCAGGAUGGUUCACAACGAGGACCAAGGGAGGAUACACUUCCAAAUGCUGUGAUACAGCAGGAAGACGCACGCUGGACUCCCCUUCAUGAAGCCGCUGCCAUUGGAGACGAUAAGAGGCUACAAGCACUUCUUACAGCAAAUGCCGAUCGCACUGCCAAAGAAUCAAGACACGGAAACACACCGCUCCACGAAGCUGCAUGGCGUGGCUUUAGUCGGUGUGUAAAAAUUUUAUGUGCACCACCAAAUCCAAAGAAAGAUCAAAAAGAUAAAAAGCUUAAAGGAGUCCUUCAAGAAACUAGAGGUGCACUUCAUAGCGCUUUAUUAGGUAUAAGAAACGAUGGUGGUUUCUCGGCACUUCAUUUGGCAGCCCAAAACGGUCAUAAUCAAAGCUGCAGAGAAAUUCUAUUGGCUGGCGGUGAUCCCGAUAUUCAAAAUAAUUAUGGAGAUACCGCUUUGCACACAGCCUGCCGAUACGGACAUGCUGGAGCAACAAGGAUUCUUUUAUCUGCCAGUUGUGACUCAAACAAAGCCAAUCUCAAUGGUGACACUCCUCUUCAUAUUGCCUGCGCCAUGGGCAGAAGAAAGCUAACUAGAAUCCUUUUAGAAGCUGGCAGCAAUACAACAUUACAGAACUCCCAGCACGAAACAGCCCGUGAUAUUUCAACUCGAAAGAACUACAAUGAGAUCAUUCAAAUCCUUGAUAAUCCUAAAAAACAUCGCAGAAACAAAGAUAAGUCAAGUGGAAGUGGGGAAGACAGGCAUUCUGGCCAGCGAAAAGGACUUUUCAAAGGAGAUCACGUGGAUGGGAUGACGAACCCAGUGAGUUGGUCACCAUACGGUUGUCAUUACUUUCCUGAUCCCAGCUCAUUUCCUUCACCCAAACUUGAUACUUUACCAAAGGAACCUUUGAAAAAAGGGGAGCAAUACUUUCUUGAUCUGGCUGGCAAUAUUUGCAAGGGUCCGGUCGGUGUUGGUAACACAUGCUAUUGCGGACCAUUCUUUAGACAUAUGGAAGAUAAGAUCAAUAAAAAUCGUAAAAGUUUGCGGAAGUAUGUUUUUAAAGCAACUGAGAGGCUAGACAGUAAGGUUCAAGCACUAGCUAUUAGAACCGACGACCAAAUAGAACAAUUGACCCGUUCAAUGAUAGCUGACCGCAUUCGUUGUGAGAGUAGACGUUUACACCUGGAACACUGGCUGAAACGUGGUGAACCCUGUCGAGUCACAACAGCAGGUCACCAAUCCCGGUCUCGAAAUAAAAGUCAUACUCUUAGUAGAUGUAAGAGUCUUGAGUUUCUUGAAGACGAAUCUAUGCAUGGUAGUAAGAUGCAAAACUCAAAGAGCUUUGAUGUCCUAGAAGAAGCCCAGGUUACUGUCCACCGCGAUGCGGAAGUCAGUGAUGAUGAUGGUCACAUUUCUGUAACAAGCCUGGGCCGAGGAGAUCGGGACGAAGAAAGAUGGGGUCGGUUAGAAACUGAUUAUUUUAAUGUUUCCGAACGGUUAGAAGAACUGUUAGCAAAAACGAAUGAAAUUCUGGAAAUGGAGAAGGAGGCAAGUAAGAAACGAAAAGAGGAACUUCUUGCUUUUACAGAACCUACUGUCAAAAGAAGAGAACGCAAAACUCAAAACGUAUUAUCUAUGGGAAAGGAUAUUAUUGAACAACUACAGCAGGUUUCGCUUGAAGAACAGCCCACUGAAGAUCUUAAUCAAAUAACCGUUUUACCGCUAGAAGAUGAUACUUCGAGGCAAGACCAAAUUGCCCCAGGUUUAAGUGAAGCAACAAAUGAUUAUGCAUCAUAUCUCUCAACAAUCCAAACAGGAAGAGCUUCACAGCAGUCAGCCAGUUGCCCACUGCAAGAAAAGUAUCAGUCAUUUUCUCAAAUCCACAGCAACGAAAAUAUGCUACAUGACGUCAUUACUGCCAUCCGGAAAGACCAUCAAAUGGUUAAGGAACUCAUCGAAUCAGAAACUCUCAAUGAAAUGGAAAAUACCCACGAAGACAAACUCAGCUAUAAAGAUGAGCAAACACUUUUAAAUGUGAACGGCUUUUUCCAAAAUACUUGUUUUGAAGACGGCUUAGGGGACUCUCCGAGCAAUAGCAUUAAAGCUGAAAAUAAAGUUACAAUGACAUCAAUGAAAAAUAUUUCUGAAUUAUGUGAAAAACCCUUCGAAAUCCCUACCUACGCCGAAUUGAACAAAUUAAAACCAAGGGCGGACCCAAGUUUAAAUCAAUCAAAAGAUUGGCGUCGCAAAGCUAUAAAAAAUUCAAACAAACAACUAGAAGAUUUGCCAGAAAGGGUUAAUGGUACUAUCAAAAAGGUGGAAAUAAAAAACAGCGAAAUCAAAACUCUCAAAAAACCCUCCAUUCUCAAGCGAAACAAAGUCCAGGAGCUCGUUGCUCGAUUGCAAGGCAAACUUAGCAGUUCGGUCACAGUAAAGAGCACUGAACGUGAUGAUUCAUCUGAAAGCAGUGAGGAUGACCAUAAUGAGCAAAAUGAAGCAAAUCAGUUGGAAGAUAGUCAAAUGCAAAUGGGUGCCUAUACCUCCUAUCGACAACCGCAAAUGAAUUCACCAAACAAUAGCGCUAUAGUUUCUACCAACAACAUGAUACAAACAAAUUCAAGUUUAUACUCAACUAUUAUUCCAAACAACAGCUAUCCUUAUCGUUUGAUUCCCAAAGAUGCAUAUUUCCAUGAGUUACCGAAUAGGGGUCGGCCAAACCUUCAACCUCAUAGUUUCUCUAAUCAGUCAGAACAACAAAUUCAACAGUCACCCUUAAGUCUCCCUAAUAACUACUAUCAUCAUCAUCAGCAACAUCAAAAUAUCCAGAAUCAACAUCAACAGCAACAACACCAAACGUGGAGUCGCAUUUCCAGUGAAAGACAAAUGCCUGUAAAUCUUCAAAUGCAACAAAAGCCUUCUCUUUUGAAUCAUUCAUAUCCAUCGCCCUAUAACAAUAUGCCACCUAUAAUGGUGCAUACACCUCCUCAACCCUUACGACCACCUGUUGCAGAGCGGCUCCUUUCCAAUAGGAAAUUCAUGCCACUAAAUAGCAUCUCCCCAGAUUAUGAGCUUGCUGGAGUUGUUCCAGUUAACAUUAAAAACUGCAACCAAAUGCAAAAUGCAAAUAUUCUAAUUCAGCAAUCAUCUACAGCUGGUUUAAUAAACUCUAUGGAUCAUAAUCCGCAACACAUGGUGGAACGUGAUGUAAGCAAUGAUUCAGGUUUCAGUACACGUAUCUAUGGAGGAGGCAGUGAAUCACAUCGACCGAGUCCGAGUCUUUCAGGACAUACUGACUACGGAGGCAUGCACUCGCCUUCACAUGGUGUUAUUUAUCCAAGUGGACAUGUCCAAACAGAAGUUGGUGAUAUGGCAUAUUACAUGGCAAAUGUGUCCAGUUUAGUUUAAAUGUUUUGUUUUGUUUGUAUAUCAAAAUAUGAAGUAAGAUUUAUUUAAUUAACUAACUAUUAAAACAUUAUUUUACAUAAAUUCUUUAUCUAUAGGUACUUUUUUAAACACUAAUUAUUUUAUAUUUACUGAACUACCUUUAAGUUUUUUUAUAUCAAAGAACACAAUUAAAUUGUUAAAUAUGGAUCAAA